AUGCGGUCAUUCGUUACUCUCUUAGCAGCAGCAGCCUCGUUGCAGGGCGGCUCAGCAGUUCCGUUCGGCAACCAGCAACAACCUCCCACUACCAUAUCUCACGGAGGAUUUCCGCAUCCGACCGGUCGUUUCCCCCACCCAACCGGUUUCCCGCAUCCCACUGGUGGCCCGCGUCGCCCCGACAGCCACGGUUUAUGGGCGAAAGAUGAAGAGCAUCGCUGGCCUGGCCAACCUCAUCCCACUGGCCACCAUCAUCGCCACUCGAGCAGCGGCUUCCCUCACCCAACAGGACACCCUGAAAGCAACAUUUUUUUGAGGCGGAAUGCGGACCACGUACGCCCUCCCCCGGAUGGCUUUGCCCAUCCUAGCGGUCACCGCCCGCACCCAACCGGCGGGUUCCCACAACCUACUGGUGGACCUGGUCAUCACCACCAUCCCCCAGGUGAUAACCAGGACCACGGUCACGGAAACUGGCAGGGCAACCAUGGGAAGCGAGACGAGGAGUUCCGCAGACCCGCUAGCAUUUUAUCGCCCAGUGGUGUUACCAGCCAUCUCCACACCCAACCUACUGCCGGUGCCCAACCCGCGCACCACGUGCAGCAACCCGACGGGGAGCCGAAGCACGAGCGCCAGAUACUCCAGGAGAUCCCGCGCGUGGUCCAGGAUGCCAACUAA